GAUGUGCGCACUGUGAACAUGACUGUGAAAGGAACACGCGGAAGUGCUCCGCUCCGCGACGCGCUCGAGACGCGUGUGAGCCGCGUGGCGUAGGUGGUGCGCUCUGACUCUGGUGAGACGCGUCGCGCAGGUAGACGCGCCGGUUUGACCAGAGCCCAUUGUUGUCUGUGAGCGGUGGAGCCAAGCACGCACAGCCACAGAGACACGUAAGCACGUCCGGAGACAAGAGCGCCGUGAGAACAGUCUUCUAUCAACAGCGUUCUCUUUGACAAAUGCGCGGAACGAGCGAGAGAAAAGCCGAGCCAAGUGCGCGCUGAGCUUCAUGGGCGGAGUGACCUGAACAGACAUGGCAGCAGACAAGGUUGCCAUCCUCACAGACGAUGAGGAGGAGCAGAAGAGCCGCUACGCCCUGGAGCAGUCCUUUAACUCUGUGACUCUGCAGCAGCAUGUGCCCCCCACCCCCGCGGACCUGCCCUCUGAUGCCUCGCCCCCCACAGACCCCCCUCAGCCCGACCCACUGAGCUGCUGCCAGAGGCUCCUCCUGCGAGUCAACACCCACCUCCUCAUCUCCAAGCUCUUCUACUUCUUCUUCUACGCUGCCUAUGGCUCUCUACACCCCCUGCUGGCCGUGUAUUACAAACAGCUGGGGAUGACGCCCAGCCGCAGCGGCAUGCUGGUGGGCAUCCGCUACUUCAUUGAGUUCUGCAGCGCCCCCUUCUGGGGAGUGGUGGCAGACCGCUUUAAGAAGGGCAAGGUGGUGCUUUUGUUUUCAGUCUUCUGCUGGCUGACUUUCAACUGUGGCAUUGGCUUUGUUAAACCGGCUGAAAUAAAAUGUGUGACUCUUUUGCCCACGACAACCACAACUACAACGACUACAACUACUAUUAUUCCAACCACUAUUAUUCCAACCACUAUUAUUCCAACUACUAUUAUUCCAACUAUUAUUCCAACUACUAUUCCUCCAACUACUAAAAGACCUCUACCAACAAGUACCUUUUCUUCACCACACACGACCUUGCUCACAAACCAGUCCAAACUCAGUGAAGUCAUUGGUAACACCUCGUCUCCAGAGAGGGUCCGGCGCGCUCUGGAGCCUGUAAUCCUCUCCAACACCAGUGACUCUGCCAAGGGCUCUGUUACCACCCUCACUCCCACCACGACCAAACCCAUUCCCAACACGAUCACCCCUUCUCCCGGCAAGACCACCCGCACUCCAACCACAACCACAUCCACACCCACCACGACCACCCGCACUCCAACCACAACCGCCCCCGUAACCUCCUCAUCUCCCAAAACCACACAGGCCAUCACCAACUCGACCACAACCAAAGCCUUUGCCAACUCCACGGCUGACCCCUCCGAAGUCAUCCUCGGAGAAGCUCCCAACAGCACCCUGCCCUCGCCCAACACCACCCUCAGCCCCGCCCAGCCCUCCCCCGACAACGAACACUACAUCACCUACAACCAAGACCAGGUGGAGACCAUCUUCCUGCUCAUCCUGCUCAUGGUGAUCGUGGGCGAGUUCUUCAGCGCGCCCGCCAUCACCAUCGUGGACACGGUGACGCUGCAGUACCUGGGGAAGGCGCGCGAUCGCUACGGGCUCCAGAGGAUGUGGGGGUCCCUGGGGUGGGGGCUGGCCAUGCUGCUGGUGGGCAUCGGCAUCGACCACACGAAGCUGACGGUGGCCAUCGAGGGGCUGGGGUGCUCCGUGCCGGACUUGCACGACUACCGCAUCGCCUUCAUCGUGUUCGGGGUGCUGAUGGGCAUGGCGUUCAUCGUGGCCACGCAGUUCCACUUCGAGAAGGGGGAGGGGUACCUGAGCGAGUCGCCCGAGGGGGUGGUGAUGGAGCCGGAGCACACCCAGGGACAGACCCCCCCACAGCCCAGCCCGUCCUCAGAGCAGAGCGCGCAGUCCGAGUUCCACUACAGCAGCCUCCUGAAGCUCCUGUGCAGCGUGCGCUACGGCUCCGUGCUCUUCGUGGCCUGGUUCAUGGGCUUUGGCUACGGCUUCGUCUUCACCUUCCUGUUCUGGCACCUGGAGGACCUCGACGGGACCCCCACACUGUUCGGGGUUUGCUCCGUCCUCAGCCACGUGUCCGAGCUCACAGCCUACUUCACCAGCCACAAGCUCAUCGAGAUGGUGGGACACGUCAGGGUGCUGUACAUCGGUCUGGCCUGUAACACCGCACGCUACCUCUACAUCUCCUACAUCAACAACGCCUGGACCGUACUGCCCAUGGAGGUCCUUCAAGGAGUGACACAUGCCUCCGUGUGGGCAGCCUGCAUCUCCUUCCUGAGCGCCGCCGUGCCCCCCGCCCUCCGCACCUCCGCCCAGGGCAUCCUCCAGGGCCUGCACCUGGGGCUGGGCCGGGGCUGUGGGGCCAUGAUCGGAGGAGUCUUCGUCACCUACUUUGGUGCUGCAGGGGCAUUCCGAGGCAUCGGCAUGGCCUCCCUCGUCAUCCUGCUCAUCUUCGCCUUCAUCCAGUACAUGACCCGAGACUCCGAGGAGAAAGAAAGCCAAAUACUGGCAGAGAACAUCCCGGUGCCCUCCAGCCCGGUGCCCAUCGCCACCAUCGACCUGGUGCAGAGCGGCAGUUCAGCGGGCAGCCCCAGCCCGGUGCUUCCCAUGAAGAAGACCAAGUACCAGGAGGACCAAGAGGACCCCUGGAGGCCCGCCUGGGUGCUCGGGGGCUCUCCCUGGGUCACCAUCGCCUUCGCUGUGGUGCAGAUCAAAGAGAUGAUACGCCAGAGCAGGAGGGCGGAGCCUUCAGAGAGCCAGCCCCUACAGGUAUCUAAAAAAACGAGCACAGAGGAGAAGAACGGAAACGUGUCUGAGAGCGCGUCCGAAGAAGAACCAAAGACCGCACAGGAGCCUCCACCCUCCACCAAUCAGAGUGAGGGGGGGAGGGGCUCUGACCAGGAAGUGGCGCGAGCGAACCCCGUCUUCCAACCAGACUAAUGCAGUACCGCCUGCGACCACAAGACUGACGCUCAUCCACUGACGAAACACAAACACAACAUCCUACAACUGACUUGAACCAUUUGAACCGUGUUAUACUGCUGUUUCUACACCAAACAACUACCUUAAACUGUGUUCUUCUUCAUUCAACCCAAAAUGCUCUGUUCAACCUUGAUGAUGUCAUUAGUUAAUCCAGGAAGUGCUACUCUGUGUUUUUAAAGAGGGGGUAUUAUGCAAUUUUUUUGAGCUGUCUACCAUGUUAUAACGUUCUCUCAUCAAAAACAUGCUUGAUGAAGUUUUAGGUGUCAUCCAUGCAUCUUUGAGUAAUUUAGUGAUCUCUCCAAGGCCCUCUUCAAACCUAGCCUGAUUCAUCAGCCGGUUUCACUACAUGGAAACCGUCUGACCUCGCAGCAUUAGGAUUCGUUCGCUCGACGGUAGACGGGUACUUUUUUAUUUAACCAAUUGCUUCUAUUUGGUCGUGACAUAUGUAAUGCGCCAAAUCCUGUAGGAAGAAGGACAAUAGCGUCUUUUCCCUUGAUAAAAUUCAACAAAAACAUUCUCUUUGUUCCAAGCUCUAAAUCCUCGAUCUCGGGAACUGAUGCUAACACAGAAUGUCUGUCUUCAUCUACAUUCAUCUCGACGCUUUGUUUACUGUUGUGCUGUUCCACAAAAGGGACACAGACAAAGUUUGACGUCAUGGCUUCACAGCUCACAGCUGAUUGGCCAAUGCGACGUCUACAACUUCCGGGGUUCUUGCUAUCGUCUAGUGUAUUCCAAUUCCUGACCUAGUCUCUGGAGAGAAAUUAAACUGAGCGGAGGCACUAGGUGACGCCUGGCUAAUUCAAACCUUCCUUAAGGCUGAAUUUAAAAAGUUCUAUGUUGACUCAAUGCACACUGCCGCCAUCGCCAUGGAUCUACGCCGAGGUCUAUGCGCCGCGAAGUGAUUCACUGCCACAGCGCUAGAAGGCUAGGAUUUAGAAGUGUCGUUUGUGUUUCCAAAAGGAAAGCGGAGUACCAUAUGUACAGUAGUAUGUAUGUAGAGUGGAAGUAAAGAGGACCAAUUACUGCACUUAUUGUCUGCGUCGCUUUCUCUUGAGGUCUGCCUCGGUUCGACGUGUAGUUAGAAGAUUUCGGAGGUGUACAUCGGUCGACAGAGAUGCUCUCCAGAGGGGGGUUCAAGGCGACGCAGACGAUUUAACGCACAACCAUAAAUCGGGCUUAAUGGUUAGCUCUAAGAUUCUGUGCAAUGCUCCGCCCACAAGUCUACAUCACCCAUGCUCCCACUCGACAAUUCUUUAUAAAUAUACAAAAACAUGAUGCAAAACUGUUCACAAAAAACUUGACAAACCUGAUGCGACUUGCAGUUGCUUCAUUAGCGUGACGCACUCUGACUGUGUUGUGAAGGAGGAGUGACUUAGCGUGGAGAGCAAAGGGAAGACAAAUUCAAAGCGCCAAAAACGAAAGUGAAACUCAUAAAACAUGUUAAUACGUCGCUUUCAGUGAAUAUAACAUUUUCCAAACAGUAAAAAUUAACACGGUGAUCUCAGUAUGUUUCGUGUUCGCAGUUCAUACCCCGCAGAAGUAAAUACCCCCUCUUUAACAACCGUUUGGUCGAGGUCAGUGGUGUGUGCAGCCGGUUUAGUGACGUGACGGCCAAUCAGAGCAAAGUUGAGGAUAAAGAGAUUGAAAAGCUGCCACAAAUAAGCAGCAAACGUCUAUGCAAUGUAUACGGAACUUUUAUUUUGAGUUAUAAACAGAGGUAGGUAGUAGGGAUGUAACGAUAUCCAAAUCUCACCGUACGAUAUUAUCACGAUAUGCAUCUCACGGUACGAUAUUUAUUGUGAUAUUUUGGAGAUAGGAAAUUUUAUUGCUUGUAAAAUACCUUGACAAGAUUUUGGUGUGAAUUAUUUCCGUCAUAAUCCCAAGAAUUCAGGUAAAAACAUAUAACUUCAUGUUGUCUGCGCUGAAAUGAAUCAUGGGAUAUGUAGUUCCUGCUGUUUAUUAGCUAUUGCUACUAUAAAACCUGCAUUUAAGCAAAGGAUUUUUGUAAAUUUUUUGACAACAAGAUAUCACGAUAUUUUGGUUAUUGUUACAUCCCUAGUAGGUAGUACUCAGUUACAUUUACUUGAAUAACUUUUGAAAGAAAUUUUACUUUUCUGAGUACUUUUAUAGCAGCGUACGUUUACUCCUAUAUGAGUCGUUUUUUUUUUUUUUAUUGAAGUAACAGUACUAUUACUUGAGUAAAAGUUGUGUGUCCUUUUAUCGUUUGUCUUAUUUUAUUUUUUUUAUCUUUAGCCUUUGAAAACAUCAGAUUUUGUGCAUUAUUUAAUAUUUUACUCUACACUCACUUUCACAAAUUAUAAAUCAACAGCUACUCCUUAAAUUACUCUUACUUGAGUAGUUUUCCCAAAUAAUUUUUAACUCUUAGUUGUGUAAUUCCAUGGACAGCUACUUAGUUUUUAUUUGAGUAAUAUUAUUUUGAAGUACCGAUACUCUUACUUGAGGACUAUUUCUGGCUACUCUACCACCUCUGCUUAUAAAUCAUAAAAUACCAAGGGCAAGUAUUUAAAAAAGUUCAAAACGUGUACAGUCAUUUUAAUGUCCACGGGUACAAACCAAGCAGCCGAUGAGAAAGCAGGGUAAAGGAUCCAAACGCAGGUCCUCGCUUGUAUUAUUUAUUCUAUAUUUAUAUGAUUGUCUACUGAUCUGCUGCACUUUUUAUGAAGGAAUCUGACAUUUUGAACUCCUUUUGAGAGGACAGUAUUGCAGCCGGGGUCUUACACUGCCAUCUAGUGCUCAUCUAAUGCCAAGAAUGUUUGAAAUGUGUUCAUGUGGAAUGUAAGUACUUGGUUUGAAUAAAAUUUGACAUGGGAAAGACUUUGUUUACAUGA